AUGGAUUCCAGGCGCCACGGCGCACCGGUGAUGCCCACACCGGACCCGACCGGCCGUGCACCCUGGAACAUCAGCUCCAUCAACCCGCAGAGGCUCGUGGAGGUGUCUCCUGUAGCUCCAGCUGGCGCCAUCGUCCCAGCUCAUCCGUUCCCAACAGUGAACGUCCCGGACCACGCCCACUACAUCAUCGGCGUCGUCAUCCUCGCUGUGGGCAUCACAGGCAUGCUGGGAAACUUCCUGGUCAUAUACGCUUUCUGCAGGAGUCGGGGCCUUCGGACACCAUCAAACAUCUUCAUCAUUAAUCUGGCGGUGACAGACUUCCUCAUGUGUCUCACCCAGACGCCCAUCUUCUUCAUCACCAGCAUGCACAAACAGUGGAUAUUUGGAAAGAAAGGAUGUGAACUGUACGCCUUCUGUGGAGCGCUGUUUGGGAUCUGCAGCAUGAUGACGCUGAUGGUGAUUGCAGUGGACCGAUACGUGGUCAUCACCAGGCCUCUGGCCUCUCUCGGGGCCAUGUCUCACAGAAAAGCUCUCGGCUUCGUGUCUGCAGCCUGGCUCUACUCCGCAGGUUGGAGCCUCCCGCCCUUCUUUGGAUGGAGUGCCUACGUCCCCGAGGGUCUGAUGACGUCGUGUUCUUGGGACUAUAUGACGUUCACCCCUUCGGUUCGCUCCUACACCAUGCUGCUCUUCACCUUCGUUUUCUUCAUUCCUCUCUCUAUCAUCAUCUUCUGCUACUGCUGCAUCUUCAGAGCCAUCCAACGUACGACACGGGCGAUAACAAAGAUCAACUGUAAGGGGACCAAAGAGUCGGCAAAGAAGUUCCAUAAAAUGAGGAGUGAAUGGAAGAUGGCUAAAAUCGCCUUCAUCGUCAUCCUGCUGUUUGUCAUCUCCUGGGCGCCGUACUCCUGCACAGCCCUUACUGCGUUCGCAGGGUAUGCCGACCUGCUGACUCCGUACAUGAACUCUGUUCCUGCUGUGAUCGCCAAAGCCUCAGCCAUCCACAACCCCAUCAUAUACGCCAUAACCCACCCGAAAUACAGAUCAGCGAUCAGCAGAUACGUUCCAUAUCUUGGCAUGUUGCUCUGCAUCACUGGCAGAGACCGCUACAGCCGCAGCAGCCUCCAGUCCACGCACCGAUCGACACUGACCAGCCAUUCGGAGUUCAAAGGCCCCGGCAAGCACCACAACUCCUCCCAGUCCGAGAGCGAAUCAGCACGCUUCUCGGACACAGAGGAGGACUGCUCGUCCCGGACUCCCGUCAGUCACCACUUGCCCGUCGACGUCAAACAGGUGCGCCGUGCCAGCCAGAGGUCAAAGGUGAGUGGUCACGGCGGAGGAGAGUUUGAAAGAGCUGCUGCCCUGAACCCCACCGACCCGGCAGUUUGUCACCUUUCACAGCUCACUACUCUGACUGAGCCUGAAGACAUCUGCAUGCUGGACAUCAGUCAGCAGCCGACCGGACACCUCCCUGCUGCUCUGGAUGACGUGACGAGGGAGUCGGGGACGAGGCCGGUGUCCAAGACCACGUCGUCCGUCAUCGUCACCUCCAUAUCAAGCCCGUCCAUACUGAAUAGUCCCCCUGGUUUCCACGGCAACCUCAAAGUGGCCAAAACUUACACUCCCAUCUGUAAAGAGCUGCUCGACAUUGCCAGGCUGGAGACUUGA